AUGUCUCAAUCGCACCUACAACUCCAAUCACCAAUCAUGAACUCAUCCCCCUCAGCAGCACAAAAGGCCAUCGAGGCAUUACGCCGCCAAACCCUAUCCCGAUACCACGCCCCAGCCCCAACCAACGCCUUCAAAAACUGGCACGUCGGCGAAAUCGCAUAUUACGCCCAAGAUCUCUACACCGACUACGAUCAGACUAGCCGCCAGGAGGGCAGUCUCUUUAUCGCCAUGCUGAAAUUCCCCACGCCCAAGCUUGAUCACACGCACGACGUCGUCGAGAGCGAGCACACUGCUUUGGAGGACGUCUAUUACCGUGUUCUGAGGCUCUACGAUGAGCGACGCAAGUACAUUCAUGAACAAGGUGCUCGACGGCUUGGCUUGUGGGCGGACUGGUAUCGCGAGGGUGAUACUGGAAAGGUCGCUGCUAUUGAAUCCACCAUUUCAUUCAUGCAAAGGGAUUACGUUCAACGGAAGCUGGAAUUUGUUGGCGAGGUUUAUGCGAUGCUGGAGGAAUGGGAUCUGGUGAGGGCGAAGACAGUACUGGACGAUUUGAUGCAGAUGUGGCCGUGGACUAAGAGAGACUUUGCUAGAAGGUUGCAGGAUGAUGACUACGGAUUGAAACAUGUGGGUUGA